AUGGCCGGCCAACAGCGCUACCUGCGCUACAUUGUCUUUGCGCUCAUUGCCAUCAUCCUUCUCUUCUUCAUCUCUUCAUCGUCAUCCGUACCAUCCGCACAAUGGCCUACGUACAAGGGCGAUCAAAGCCAGACGGCCGCAGACCCGAGCACGAACAAGCCAGCAGCGCCGCAGACUGGGGCUGAGAAGGAGUCGACCGCUACAACGCCCAAUACCGGCAACCAGCUUCCUCCUGCUACCGCCGGCGGCGAGCGCAUGAACGCAACCUUCGUAACCCUUGCCCGUGAUUCAGACAUUUGGGAGAUUGCCGAAUCGAUUCGUCAUAUCGAAGACCGCUUCAACCGCAAGUUCAACUACGACUGGGUUUUCCUUAAUGACGGUGAUUUCGGCGAAGAGUUCAUCAAGGUCACCACCGCGCUCGUUUCUGGCAAGACAAAGUACGGCAAGAUUCCCAAGGAGCAUUGGUCCUUCCCCGACUUCAUUGAUCAGGACCGCGCUGCCAAGGUUCGCGAGGAGAUGAAAGAGAAGAAGAUUAUCUACGGCGACUCCGUCAGCUACAGGCACAUGUGCCGCUACGAGUCGGGCUUCUUCUUCCGCCACCCCUUGAUGCUGGAUUACGAGUGGUACUGGCGCGUAGAGCCCAGCGUCAAGUUGUUCUGCGACAUCGAGUACGACACUUUCAAGUUCAUGGCCGAGAACAAGAAGAAGUACAGUUUCACCCUCAGCUUGUACGAAUACGUUGAGACCAUCCCUACUCUUUGGGACGCUGUCAAGAACUUCACCUCCGUAUACCCUCAGCACGUGGUUGAAGGCAACUCCAUGAAGUGGAUCAGCGAGGAUGACGGAAAGACGUACAACCACUGCCAUUUCUGGUCCAACUUCGAGAUCGGCAACUUGAAUUGGCUGCGCUCUGAUGCCUAUAUCGACUACUUCACCUCGCUGGAUUAUGCAGGUGGUUUCUUUUACGAGCGCUGGGGUGACGCGCCUGUCCACUCGAUCGCCGCUGCUCUUAUGCUCAAGAAGGAGGAAAUUCAUUUCUUCAAUGAUAUUGCCUACUACCACGUUCCGUUCACCCACUGCCCGACUGGUGAGGAAUAUCGCUUGAGCCACAAGUGCUCUUGCAACCCGAAGGACAACUUUGACUGGAACGGAUACAGCUGUACCGCCCGCUUCUUUGAAGUCAACGGCAUGGAAAAACCAGCAGGGUACGAAAAAGAGCAAUAA